AUGGAUUAUGAGUCUUUGUAUAAAUUGAUCCCUAAAGAACCAAAGAAAUGGUUGACUCAAGAUGUCAUUAAUUGGCUUAAGUUUAUAGGGUUAGGACAAAUGGAAUAAAAAUUUGGUAUUUAAAUAUCAAGAAAAUAGUUGAAUGUUCUAUUGAUGGAGCAGUUUUGGAAGACUUGACAGAAAAAGAUCUAGAUGAAGAAUUAGGGAUUACUUAAAGAAUUAUUAAAAGAAAGCUCUUAAAUUGUAACUACGUUUUUUAUUUUAGGGGUAAAUCAUGGACUAAAAGAAUAUAAUGAAUAUAUAAAAUAAAUGAAAAUGCCAAAUCUAAACAACAAAAAAUAGUAAGAUGAAGAUUUCACUAUAUAAAAAAAUGUUGGGAAUGUUCAAUUCGAAUAAAUGUUAAUGGAGAAUCAUGAAAAUAAUGGCAACGAACAAUUCACAAGUUCAGUUGCUAGAUAAGAAGAAUAAGCUAUUAAAUAAGAAAUACCAGGAUUUAAUAAAUUUGAACAUCAAUUAAUACUAUAACCUAUAGAAGGAUAAUAGUCCAAUUUUUAUUGUGUUCGAGAAGCAGGUGCCAAAAUUGGAAGACAUUCUAGUAAUUAAAUUCUAAUUUUGGAAGAGAACAUCAGUAGAUUUCAUGCAGAGAUAAUAUUUUAAGACUCUAUGGUAUUUAAGUAUUGUUAUUAAUUUUAGUUUGCUCUUAAAGAUAUUGGAAGCACAACAGGAACUUUUAUAAAAAUACAAAAAUGUUUGACAUUAAAAUAAGGAAUGCUAAUAGAAUUGGGAAGUAAUUAAUUUUGUGUUUAGAAAUUGGAAUAAUUAGAAAAUGGAGGAAUUGAAGUAAGACUCCAUAAAAUUCUUAGAUCUCUUUAUUUGUUAUUGAAGGACCAAAUUUAGAAGAUACCAUAAUAUUUUAAUUAAAUAAAGAUAAACCUUCAGUAGCACUUGGUAGAAAAUCCACUGUCGAUAUUUCAUUCCCUGAAGACCAUCAUUUAUCAAAUUAACAUGCCAAAUUUUACCUUGUAGAUUAAACUGUCACUAUUGAAGAUCAUGGAUCAACAAAUGGGUAAAUAAAAUAAAUUAUUUUAAAUUUUAGAUCUUGGAUGAGAUUAUCAGGAGAAGGUAAAAUGAGUAAUUUAUUUUAUUUGGAUCCAAAUGAAGAGAUUAUAAUAAGAAUUGGAACAACAAAUUAAUAUAUUUGCUAAUAAAAUAAAAUGAAGGUUAAUGAAAUCUCUGGUGAAAACUUGUGUAUAAUUUGUGUUGAAAAAGAAAGAGAUUGUUUAAUAUUGCCAUGUAAACACAAUGCAACUUGUUUGAAAUGUAGUAAGAGUUUAUCUCUCUGUCCCUUCUGCAGAGUUAAAAUACAAGAGACUAUUAGAAUAUAUAAAAAUUGAC